GCCUGUGGGAUUCCCUCAGUGCCUUUUAGGUUCACAAACAGGCAUGUUUCACCAGCUGCUCAAGCUCGUUCAGAAGGAGAGGGGAGACCAAGGAGAGACCAGACCGAGGCAGAAGAAAGCUGGCCUUCUGUCUUGGUUUAUUCGGAAGGCAUCAUCAGAAAAUUUCAUCAGUAACCAUGAAAAGCGUAUAAAGAAAUUGGAGGAACUAAAACUUGAAAUCCAGAAGUGUAAAAUCAAGCGGGAUGAACUUUCUCGAAUCCUGGACCUUUAUGUCAAUGAUGGUUUGAACUACAGGCUGAGUGUUGAAUUGCCAAUGCUUAAAUCCCAACAUGAGAUGAGAACGAUGGACAUGCAUAAGAUGACCAACUGGAUAAGUGAUGCCAUGGAGAAGUACAAGGAGCUCAUACAAGAGAACAAUUCCUACCGCAUCAGAAACUUCCACCUCCUGAAUGAAUGCAAUGAAUUGAAGAAGAAUGUAAGGAUUUUGAUGAAUGAGAACAGAAAACUGCUGGUGGAGCAGACUGAACUGCAAGCAUCCUGUGAGGAGGGAAAGAGGUUCUGUGAGGAGGCCAGCAAGACCAUCUACACCGCAGAUAUUGGAUCCUUGUGUCCUGUUACUUUUGAGUAAAUCGAAUGUAUCCUUGUGAAUCAAACAGUGAUCUCGAACUCGUCACUCUUAAGAACCUUCUUUAUUGAGGUGUGAUGUAACCAUCUGAAAUCCCACAGCUCUCAGGCAGAGAUGGGUCUCUGCAUUCUCACAGGGAUUGGGCAUCAUAAUGACUUCCCAGUCAGACUGAGAUACAAAGACAAUUGUACUUUCAGUGUAGAUUGUGUGUCCAACUCUGAAUACCAACUUCAUGAUGAAAAAAUUAUCAAUGCUGUAUCCUUAUCAAAUAUUUAGUGACCACUAAAAUAUACUCUUUUGUGGAUGA